UUGGUCUCGCCCUUAGUGUGUACCUGACCGAUAGUUACCCGUUCUUUGCGAGCUUUCCUCGAACUGUUCCGUUUUAAAAACAAGUGGUAAAUCGCUUGCGAUAUUAGCUUGAGGGUCCCAUACCACAAUACCACAGCAUUAGAAAAAACCCUAUUGGUAUAUAUGCGGUCUUUUUAUUGUCGACCGCAAUCGAAUUUGAACUGCUUCGAGCAUAUAAGCUAACCACUGUGCUUUCCCUCCCCUAUAAGUUAUGUCUGCUGCCACGAUGCAGUCAGCUCCAGCUAUCCCCCCUCGCCCUGCGAGGACCCAAGAUAAAGACAAUGCUCCAACUGUGCCUGCGAUCCCCCCGCGUCCUACUCGACGUUUCAAUCGUUCGGUUUCUCCCAACCCGGACCGGUUCGCACCCUCACCCUUAAACGAGAGCCCCUUCCCACCGAAGGGCAACGGUGCCACUCGACAUAGCCAGACUCAUCUUGGUGAGCAACUGGAGCGUCCCGUAAGCGUUGAGAUGCCCAAUAUUGGUGAGGAGGGUCGGGAAUACGCCGCAGCUCUUGAGGAGUUAAGCUCUUCUCCUGAGGAGAGCCGCCGUUCGUCUACUUCUCCUGAACAGACACGCACUGUUGGCGCCGAUAUCAAACUGCACGCACCGAAGCCGACGAUGCCCGCCCAGAGCGCUAAACAGCGGGUUGCUGCCGUAACUCGUACCGACUCCGACAGAGCUGCAGCUUUUGGUAUCGGUCGUCCUUCAUUCGAGGACCAGGCUCAUUCGGGACGUAGCCUGAAGAAGAAGGCGAGCACUACAAGUCAGCUUUCCCAUCAGAGUGAAAUUUUUGUCGAGGAUGAGAAUGGUGGCAUUCCUGAAAUUGGACAGCGUGUUCCCAUGUUAGCUCAUGCAGGCGAUGUUCAGGCACCUUCGCCUACUCCAGCCCCGAGAACGGCGAGUACCGACGGAAUAAGACCUGCUCGAAACCAUUCAAGGAAGACGAGCUCCCGAGGUGGUUUCGGUGACCUUCCGUCCGAUGUCUAUGGUCUCCACGGACAUGGCGUGGCAUCAAAUGACAAGCUCGAGAAAGCAUACUAUGAGAAGCAUCCCGACGUCCUGCAGAAGGAGCGCUAUAACCAUCUUCACGACCGUGUCCACGACUACUCAAUGAGCAGUGAGGAUCUUAACAAGAUCGUUCGGGAUACAGCUAGCCGUGGAGCUGGUUUUGGUACAUCUACCGAAUAUGUUGGAACUCCUAGUGAGCAAGUAGGUUAUCGAGCAGCAGAUGAAUAUACGUCGCGAAUGUCGUCCCCUCGACCGCCAUCUACAGCUCCCAAGCACGAUUCGAACCUCGCAUCGGUCUUGAAAGAAGAGAACAAUGGUACUGCUGGCAAUGACGACAUUAUUCACGUAGAUGAGCCAGAUCGAUAUAGGGGCUAUGUUAAAUUCGGCGAUGAAAAGUCCGCCGAGGGCGAAGGUGCCGAGGAAAUGCGCACCCAGCCAAUUUUAGCACCUGACGAAGUAGCUAAGGAUCCCUCUCCUUAUCAAUUGCAACCCGCUGUAGAGCCCCCGUCGGAGCGACACGGCAGUGCAUAUGAGAUGGAGGAGCCGAAGAGUCGCCCUACAAGUAGACCUGCAAGCAUUUAUAGCCCGCCGCUGCCAGAGAUUCAUUUGACCCCUCUAGAGGACGUCGAAGAGUAUGAGCCAUUGUUCCCGGAAGAUGAAAAGAGCGGCAAGAAACCCAAGACCCAGGCCGAGAAGCUAAGGGAGCACCAUCAUAGAUUCCCUAGCGCUGAUAUCUGGGAAGAUGCACCUAACAGUGUCCAUUCUACCGCGGAAGUUUCAACGCCAGAGUUAUUAGAGGCCCAGAAAGAGCAAACCUCAGGCUUAGACGUGCCUCUACGGGAUGGUGAAACUCCCGCUCAAGCCUUUGCACGAAGACAAGAGGAGCUAGCUGAAAAAGAAGCCGUCACCCCCGACAGCUUUUUGUACCGCCAACAGAAGCCCCCAUCAUGGGUCGGAAGCCAGCCGCACUUGAACAAGGAGAUCCACAGCCGUCCAAAUGUGUCCACUCACAGGUUUCCCAGUAGGGAUGUCUGGGAGGACACACCUGAUUCUUUGCAAUACACUGCAACUGUUUCCACUCCUGAGACUACAGAGGAGUCACGGGAUGACGACGUAGAGAAGUCUCCUGUCGAACAAACUCAGAAGCCUACAAUACCUUCGCGCCCUAAGAGGCAAGAAUCGGGUGACGAUUCUACCUCAAAGCCUACAAUUCCUGAUCGCCCGAAACCUCAAAUCCCCGCUCGGCCUUCGAAACCCGCCUCAGAGUCUAAGGGACCGGAGCCAACAGCAAAGCCCAAACCUACGAUACCUGCGAGACCAGCUGGAGGGAAAAUCGCUGCUCUGCAGGCAGGAUUUAUGUCUGAUCUUAACAACCGUUUACGAUUAGGUCCGCAAGCACCCAAGAAGGAAGAUCCUGCUACGCAAGAACCAGCCGAGGAGAAGGAGAAGGUACCGUUAUCUGACGCGAGAAAGGGUCGCGCCAGGGGUCCCCAACGACGAGCUCCAACCAAAGCUGCCACCGCGAAUGGUGUAGAAUCUGGCCCUCCACCUGUCUCUAACAAUCAACCCACUCUUAGCUUUUCUAUUACUCGUACCCUAUGGAGUAUAGACGAGGAAGGUACCAUGAUAGUGGACGGCUUAGGAGAGCUUUCAGAAACAAAAAGCAGCCUUAACGGGGCCGAAAAUGAAGAGCCCAAAGAGGCUCAACCACAGGCGCCUUCGGAGCAGGACAAACAAGACGAACCGGAAGCCAAGACGGAAGACAAGCCUGCUGCGGAAGACAAGCCUGCAGAUUUGAAGCCGAGCGAAACAGAAAGUGAACCAAAGAACGAGCCGAAGGAUGAAUCCAAGAACGAAUCGAAGACAACAGAAACUACAGAAGAGACCAAGACUCUCGCUACUAACACCGCUGGCGAAUCCAUAUUAGAAGAGACCAUCGAGAAGGAACCGUCAGGGGACCAAGUUCAAAAGGUCGAAGAAACCAGAGAUGAGGUGACAGAAUGUUAGUAUCGCUCAAACAUUUCCAGUGAGACAGUAUGCGAGCCUGUCGUAUUUCGUUCUUUUCCAAUUC